AUGCGUACUGCCAUUGAACGACAACAACAAGGGAUUCAAAAUCUUAGAAGCGCUCCAGUCAACGAUUUUGAGAUAGCUUCGCUAGAACCGCAAAUGCAGCAAAUGGUGUCGAAGUUGGCGAGAGUGGUCAAUACUCCAUCACUACUCGAUCUAGAUUCAGCAAAAGCUGCUAACCUUAUGAACGGAUUGGCAUCGCUUAGAAGUGUGCUUCCACCUAGCAGAGCCGAUUUCAAUGCAAGAUUCCGUUCUGGAGGAGCUGCUAGUAUGAUUUCUCAGGCGCUAUCACAA